AUGAAAGACGAUGAAUUUCCUGAUGAAAGUCAGAACAUCUGCCCAGAGUUCUCAGACUCCUUUCAAGAGGAAAAGCUGCUUCCAUUACAUAUGCAUCCAGAUUUUCGAUCAAGAGAGGUACACGAAGCUUCCAUGAUACAAUCGAAAGCAGAUCCGAGUUUAGGUUUCAGCCAACGAAACAGCAUCCGGAAAAGGGAGAGAAAGCCUUCCUACUUCGAUGUUGACUUGUUUAAAACUCAGUUAAAAAGCACGAUUUCUCAAUCUUCACGACAUAAAGGAAUGAAUUCUACGAAACGGGCAAUUACUGAACUGAACGAAUUUGAAAAAAAGGACGCCAUAACAAGCAGGAAGCGAAGACGCUUUGAUAUGGAAAAAAUCCUUCAAAGCUAUCAAACCGAGACGUCUACGGGAAGGGCCAAGAAGAAAUCAUGA